AUGGAUGGGAAGUCUCACUUCGAGAGCGAUGGCCUUCGCAAGACGAUCUCACCUGAGGAUUCGCGUUCUUCGAUACCGUCAGACGCGAAAAAAAUCCUAACGAUCCUCUUGACCAAGAACGCACACUUGGAGAUGCCAGCGGCAGUGACCGAAUAUGCAUCGUCCGUCAUCUUCACGCCGAACGUUAGUACAUUUCUGCCAACACCAAUGAAAAUGUCCGAGUCCGCUUCUGCCAUGUGGGCUUGUAUCGGCCUAUUCGCAAGUGCUAUCUGCCGGGAACGCUACAAUGCUGGAGAGCCAAAGAGAAUUGUAGUGGACGUGUACUCUGCGACAUUAAUGCUCUGCUCGGUCUUCUUGUUCCAGAUCAACGGAAAAGUCUUUACCGAGAGCCAAGUGGCACCAAGAGCCAUUCAUCUUGACAGAGGGCGCAAUCGCGAGACGUACAGAAACCUGGUAUCAAACAUCUACAAGACAAUGGACAAUCGAUACUUUCACCUGCACGGAAGCCUCAACGCGACACCUACACUUCACAUGUUAGACUUACCAGAGCAUCGCCCUGACCUACAAGGCAAUGAGCACGUCGAGGCGAUCAAAGAUAUCUAUAGAGCCGUCGUAGCCAAAAGAGACAGUAUGUCCCUCGAGGUCGAGGCUAACGAGAGAUGGCUGCAGCCAGGUGCGACUUGCAGGACUGUCGAUGAGUACGCGGCAACGUCGCACGGCAGAUUGAACAUUGAAGAGCCUCUCUAUAAGAUCUACAAAUGUCAAGAGCAGCUAUCACCCACACCUUGGCCCCAAAGCCAGAAGUGUGGCCGACCAUUAGCAGGCAUCAGAGUGCUCGACCUGACUAAAGUGAUUGCCGGUCCAACCGUGACACGAGUUUUAGCCUUAAUGGGGGCAGACGUCUUACGUGUAUCAACAGAUACCCAACCGGACGCUCUACCUUUCAUCGCAGACGGCCAACUCGGCAAACGAGAUGCUAAUAUCAAUCUCAAGACUUCCGCGGGAAAGCGCCAACUCGAUGACCUCCUUAAAGAAGCUGACGUUGUUGUCAACAGUUACAGGCCCGGUGUCUUCGAAAGACUGGGACUCGGCAGGAACUGGGCUCAUGAGCUCGCGCGGCGACGCGGGAAGGGGAUCAUCUACUGUAGGGAAAAUUGCUACGGCUGGAAAGGUGAAUGGAGUGGUCGAGCUGGAUAUCAACCGAUUAGCGACUGUGUCACGGGGGCGUCUUGGGAACAGGGGAAGUUCCUGGGACUUGAUGAACCAGUCAUGCCGCUGUUCCCCAACUCUGACUCCCAAACUGGACUAGCGGGUGGAAUCGCAAUCAUGCAAGCUCUUUCUCGGAGGGCGUUGGAAGGCGGCUCCUACAACGUCGACAUUGCGCUGAACACAUUUAAUAAUUGGCUUGUCCGGGAAGUCGGAUUCCACGACAAACAAACACUGGCGUCACUACGAGCUUUGCACUCAGAAUUUCUUCCAAGACACGAUACCGGAUUUUUUGAGAUGGCUCCAAUGGUAUUGGAAACCAUUAAGAAAUCCAAUGGCACUGGACCGGGUCAACUUUGGGACCGAGCAAGAUUCACGACAGGCAUCAUCCGAUGGGGUCUCGCGGAAGAAGAAGCAGAGUAUCUUGACUGGAGGCGAAUAGUUUCCGUGGAGAGUAAAGGGGGGGAACGAGAAGUUGUGUUUGAUUUCGAAAGCGGGUCGUGUAUGCCAGGAUCAGAUGAGGCGAGGUGGCUUUGA